GGAAGAUAAGGCCGCUCGCUGACGCCGCGUUUCCUCUUUCGGCCGCGCUGGUGAACAGGUAGGUCGUCCUUGUGGCCCUGCGGCAUGGGCAGUAUCCGCCGCCAUCCUCCUCCCUGAAGCGCGCUGAGACCCGGACCGGCCCUCCUGAGAGGAUGCCGGUGCGGGCGCCCGCGGAGAGGGACCCGUCGCCAUGGGCCGUGUGAUCCGUGGACAGAGGAAGGGCGCCGGGUCUGUGUUCCGCGCGCACGUGAAGCACCGUAAAGGCGCCGCGCGCCUGCGCGCCGUGGAUUUCGCUGAGCGGCACGGCUACAUCAAGGGCAUCGUCAAGGACAUCAUCCACGACCCGGGCCGCGGCGCGCCCCUCGCCAAGGUGGUCUUCCGGGAUCCGUACCGGUUUAAGAAGCGGACGGAGCUGUUCAUUGCCGCCGAGGGCAUUCACACGGGCCAGUUUGUGUAUUGCGGCAAGAAGGCCCAGCUCAACAUUGGCAAUGUGCUCCCUGUGGGCACCAUGCCUGAGGGUACAAUCGUGUGCUGCCUGGAGGAGAAGCCUGGAGACCGUGGCAAGCUGGCCCGGGCAUCAGGCAACUAUGCCACUGUUAUCUCCCAUAACCCUGAGACCAAGAAGACCCGUGUGAAGCUGCCCUCCGGCUCCAAGAAGGUUAUCUCCUCAGCCAACAGAGCUGUGGUUGGUGUGGUGGCUGGAGGCGGCCGAAUUGACAAACCCAUCUUGAAGGCUGGCCGGGCGUACCACAAAUAUAAGGCAAAGAGGAACUGCUGGCCACGAGUACGGGGUGUGGCCAUGAAUCCUGUGGAGCAUCCUUUUGGAGGUGGCAACCACCAGCACAUCGGCAAGCCCUCCACCAUCCGCAGAGAUGCCCCUGCUGGCCGCAAAGUGGGUCUCAUUGCUGCCCGCCGGACUGGACGUCUCCGGGGAACCAAGACUGUGCAGGAGAAAGAGAACUAGUGCUGAGGGCCUCAAUAAAGUUUGUGUUUAUGCCA